UCCUUUAGAUAGAAUCAGAUAUGGGCAUGCUCUUUUGGUGAUGAAGUCAUUCAUCUGCUCUCUUCUUUCAGCUGCUUGCAGAUAAGCUAGGAUGUGAACCAGAACAUAUAAGUGAUUUUGAAUUGCAAGCGUGUGAUACCCAACCAAGUCUAGUAGCCGGUGCAGCAAAAGAAUUUGUUUUCUCAGGAAGGCUUGAUAAUCUCUGCAUGUCAUUUUGUUCCCUAAAGGCAUUGAUAGACGCAACAGCUCCUGAAAGCAACCUUGAGGAUGAGUGUGGUGUUAGAAUGGUGGCUUUGUUUGAUCAUGAGGAGGUUGGAUCGGACUCCGCCCAAGGGGCUGGGUCUCCAGCCAUGUUGAAUACUCUUUCACGAAUUACACAUUCCUUUACCACAGAUACUAAGCUGCUUGCGAAAGCAAUACAGAAAAGCUUUCUUGUAUCUGCUGACAUGGCCCAUGCCUUGCAUCCUAAUUACAUGGAUAAACAUGAAGACAAUCAUCAGCCCAAGUUGCAUGGGGGACUUGUGAUCAAACACAAUGCCAAUCAGCGUUAUGCAACAAAUGCUGUCACUUCCUUAAUAUUCAGGGAGAUAGCAAUGAAUCACAGUCUUCCUGUCCAGGAAUUUGUGGUUCGUAAUGACAUGGCCUGUGGUUCAACCAUCGGUCCCAUUCUUGCAAGUGGAGUGGGGAUACGUACAGUAGACGUAGGUGCUCCGCAGUUGUCAAUGCACAGCAUACGAGAAAUGUGUGCUGUUGAUGAUGUGAAGCAUUCGUAUGAGCAUUUCAAAGCCUAUUACCAAGAGUUCACUCAUAUGGAUGCAAAGAUUAAAGUAGAUGCGUAGGUCUGAUCCUCAUCUUCCCCAGAAGUUCCGUUGGAGUUUGGUGCUCUUGCUGGGUCUUUACAUAAAUGGGUGAAAAUUAAUGAACUAUCAAAUCAAGUAGACUAGUUCUGGUUGCAGUUGGUGUUUUUGUUUUAACAAACCCAUUUAGUUUCAAAGUUGAAAUCGACAGUGUUAGUUGAUACACACAACAGCACAGAAUACUCAAACUCAAAGGGCUAAGACUCCAUUGCGAUAUAUGGUUCACUUUUUUAUGAUAUUAUGGAUUCAUUUU